GAGAGGACAGCAUCUUGGCUGACCCAGCUCUUUCUUUAGAUAACCGAAUUCAGCCAACCAAACAGGAUCGACCUCUCUCUUUCUCUCUCAGCCCUCGAGCCAUACAACACACAGCCACAGGAGAGGGAUGUCACAGCUGAAAGAAAACCAGUCCUCCUCGGUGUGCAUGAAAAACAAGCAACGGGCAACCAUUCUUCACGCUUACGCACGGGGUAUUUACUUCUUUUACGCGCCGUCUGGAGACAAAUCGGUCCAGUUUUGGGCCUGUUGACUAUUUGUUACCCGUCAUCUCUCUGUUGGUGGUAAUAAUGCUUCCCAGCCCGCUCAUAACUUCAUCCACCACGCCUUUUUCUGUGAAGGACAUUCUGAAGUUGGAGUUGCAGCAACAAUCUCAGCAGCACCAGCUCCAAUUUAUCUCUUGCUUCGGUCUCUCUGGCGCUCUGACACAGCCGAGAGCUUUCCCAAAUAAACCUUUCCGCUCUCAUUCACCGCCCUCUUGCAUGUUGGCCGGGAGGGACAGUCCAAGUCCCAUCAGCUCCGGCGUCUCGGAGAGUGACGAGAGGAUGUCGUACCUCAACACACUGACGGCACAGGAUCGGCUGGCGGAGUCCGGUCUACAGGUGGAGAUGUUUGGCAACCCGGCGCAGAACCACUCUGCAGACCUCCGGCUGGAGACCGAGCAGGAGGACCAGGAUAGCAAGAGCUGUGGGGCGUUGCGCGGUGACUGUGAGGAUCCAGACUCGGAGAAGUCCACCACCAAGCAGCAGAGGACCAGGAGGAAACCCCGCGUCCUCUUCUCCCAGGCUCAGGUGUUCGAGCUGGAGCGGCGCUUCAAGCAGCAGCGUUACCUGUCGGCCCCGGAGAGAGAGCACCUGGCCAGCUCCCUGAAACUCACCUCCACUCAAGUCAAGAUCUGGUUCCAGAACAGGAGGUACAAAUGUAAGAGGCAGCGGCAGGACAAGACUCUGGAGAUGGCAGGUCAUCACCAUCAUCACCACCAUCCACCACCGCCGCCCAGGAGGGUUGCUGUGCCGGUGCUGGUCCGGGACGGAAGGCCUUGUCUGACUGGAUCCCAGAACUAUAACACAUCCUACACAGUCGGAGCUCCAAACCCGUACAGCUACAACGGCUAUCCAGCCUACAGCUACAACAACUCGGUGUAUACUAACAGUUACUCUUGUACUUAUUCUACUUUACCUGCUCUGCCGCCCAGCAACACCACUGCUAAUGCAUUUAUGAACAUGAAUUUGGGAAACCUUGGUACACAGACUCAAAGCCAAGCGCCCCAAGGACCAGUCGUCACACCCUGCCAAGGAACUCUGCAGGGCAUCCGAGCAUGGUAGCGCAGUCUUUACGCACAGAUGGGAGAGUUUUCUCUGGGAUGUCUGAACGAACUCAAGCAUGCCAACCUGAUCAGCUAAAGCAAUGAAAGCACAAGUUCAAACUUUGCAACGCGUUACAGAAGGCGUAGGCCACUGUGAAGGCCUGUGAGGAAACCGUAACUCGUUGGCUGAGAUACAAACUCCAUAUCUUAUGCGCAUUUUCCCCGGAGCCACAAUGUUUAGAAAACGUAUUAAAACUGCUGUUGGUUACUGGAUUGUUGUCGAUUAAAGCCUGUGCGUAAAGUAACCAGUUGUGGUUAAAAGUGGAUGUAAUAUUAGACAAAAAUAGUAUGGACAUUUUUAAACAAAAACGCGUUUCAGGCAUAGCUCAUAGUACAUUUAUAAUUGCCCUAACUAGGCCCAUUCAAAUAAAUCAAAAGAACUGGUUGCAACAUCCACCACAACUGCUCGAUAAUGCAAUCUUAUAAAGUAUUAUGCUUUCUUUCCCCCCUUUUUUAACUGUGUGACUUAUGUUUGGCCAGUUUUUACUCUUUACUUUAAUAUGUGAGUGACAGUGAACAUGCAGUGGCCUGUAUGACCUGAAUAAAAUGGAUGCUUUUGGGUAAUAGGGCUGUUUUUACUCUCAAGUUACAAUAUCGAUGAAAAUGAUACAAUUAAAUGAUAUCAAACAGAAUGACACAAGUGACUAUAAUGUGCUGUGCUUUGUGUGUGAGAGUGUGUGUGCAUGUGUGCGUGCGAUCUUGUCUGUAGGCUUAUUAAAACACAACCUACACAAAUACAGUGACCUAUACAUUUAUCUCAAAAUGUACGUUUUCGUCUGACCUUGUUUGGACAAGCCGUGUUAUUGUAGUUUACCAGUCAUAUGAAUCUGGACAGGAAACUCAAAUAAAUGAAUGUGGAGUUUAUUCCACAAACAUACACGUGUCGUUUAUCAUCGUCUCAAAUUGUUUCUCAAGCCAAGCAAGCAUUUCUCUUUCCUGUGAGAAAGCUUGGAGUAGACUUUGGCCUGAGACAAGAACCAGAAACAGAGAGAAUUUAGAGGCGAGCUAAUGUCCGGUCAGGAUUC